AUGGUGAUAAACGGACCGGAACCGUACGCGGCGCUCCGAGUGCGGUGUAACCGGGACCAGAACCGUACGCGGCGCUCCGAGUGCGGUGUAACCAGACAGGAACCGUACGCGGCGCUCCGAGUGCGGUGUAACAGGGACCAGGAUCGUACGCAGCGCUCCAAGCUCAAUGUAACCAGGACCGGAACCGUACGCAGUGCUCCGAGAGCGGUGGCACAUCUUUGGACUUUGGGAGGAAACCGGAGCACCCGCUGGAAGCCAACGCAAACUUUUGGAGAUGUAUCGGAGUCUAACGAUGACUCCUUCUCUGUUGCUUGCUGUCGAUUCCCUGCAGACUCAGUUCUCUGUCUGUCUCUUUCUCUCUCUGUUUCUGUGUCCCAUACUCGGCAGCUGUCCAACACCAAUUUCUCCAACACCAGAGACUUCCAGUCGCUGCUGACCUCGCUGUAUGCCACCUUCACGGAGUUCAAGUCUCACGAGCAGAUCGAGAACGAGUAUAUUAUGGCCGAGCUACAGCAGAGGCUGCAGGCCCUCUCGGUCUGUAACAGCUCCGUCUCCAACGUACACUCAGACAACAAGCUUUCCGACAUGCUCAGCCUCUUCGAGAAAGGCCUCAGGACCUUCAAGGAUGAGUACGAGCUGCUGAACUACAGUCAGCAGCUGAGGGAGCGUCUCGAUGCCUUCACCAGGGACUUCAUCCCUCACAUGAAGGAGGAGGAAGAGGUAUUCCAGCCCUUACUGAUGGAGUACUUCUCCUACGAGGAGCUGAAGGAUAUAAAGGUGAAGGUGUUAGCCCGACAUGGCCAUGUCAACACCGUGGAGGUGCUAAAGGAGCUGCAGUUCCGACACCAAACCGAGGACCAGCAGAAACUGGAAAAGAACAGCUCCAGCAGCAACCAAAAAGCUGCAGAGUCGGAGCCCCCAGCCAACAACACCCACAUCUCCCAGCUGCCCCCUGAGGUGCUGCUGAAAAUCUUCGCCUACCUGAACCCUCUCGACUUGUGCCGCUCGCGCCAAGUCAACACCCGCUGGUCCCGGCUGGCAGGGACCGGUGCCCUCUGGAGACAUCUUUACCCCAUCAGCUGGGCCAGAGGUGAUUGGUACAAUGGGCCUCCUUGCAGUGUCAGCCUGGCACCAGAGUAUCCCUGCGACACAGGGGUAGAGGAUCAGUCCCAGGGAUGGGAUGAGGACGCCGAUAUUGAUGAAUCAGAGGAAUCCGGACGUGAACCGUCAACACUCAGCAAGACGCAGCGGGAGGUGCAGCUGCUGCAAGCCCUGAUCCAUUACUUGCUGCCCCAGGUCGGUGCAGCUGUAAGGACGCUGGUUUUGGCCUACAGCACUGCUCUGUCUAGCCAAAUGGUCCGGCAGAUCCUCAACAGCUGCUCCAGGCUGGAGUACCUCGACCUGACACAGACCGCGGUCACCGACUCUGCUUUCAACAGGUGCUGGAUGGGAAGUUACCAAGCUCUCCGCCACCUGGACCUGUCGGGUUGUGAGCGAAUCACGGACGCGGCGCUGCAGCAUCUUUCCCGAGCCCUGGGCGAGCUGGCGGAGGAGGAGGGUGAGGGCCCAGAGGCCUGGCGCUCUGAGUGUACCUGGGCCCCGCACGGCUGCCACUUGUGCCUGCCGGAGGAGCAGCUGGGGACCCAGGGGGAUGAGGCAGGCCGGGUCUGGCUGCUGCCGGAGGAGGAUCUCCUGGACAUUGAGGAGGCUGGAGGCUUGAAGAUCAGGAGCCAGCGAGCAGCAGGAGCACCCCAUCGAGAGACAUUGCCACUGCCUGGUUCCGUUGCUGCCAGGUGUAUCCGAGACGCUUACUGCCCACAGGCCCGGGCACCCUGUGGACAUAGCCUGUGCGCUGCUGGCACCAAGCUCAGGACUAACCGGCUGCCACAGCCUCAGUGCAACAAGAUGGUACGGACUCGUGGUCCGUGGCCUGGCCCGGGCUCCGGACGCUGGAGAGACGGAGCAGAGCCCGAUGCUCGCUCGCUGCGCUUCCUCAGUUUGUCUGGCUGCUUCCUGAUCACCGACCACGGCCUCAGGGCACUGACUCUCCACGGGGGCCUCCCAUUCCUGGAACACCUUGACCUGUCGGGCUGCCUGUUGAUUACAGGGCCUGGGCUGCAGGAGCUGGUGUCUGUCUGUCCCGCCCUGAGGGACGAAUAUUUCUUUUACUGUGAUAACAUUAGCGGUCCUCACGCCACCACGGCCAGCGGCUGUCAGAACCUCCAGUGCUCGGUACGGGCCUGCUGUCGCUCGGGAGAGUGACUCCCUCCCUCCUCUCCAUCACAGACGCUGUCCACCUCCAGUCCGAGCUGUGUCGGGAGAAGCAUUGGAGCUUCAGGAUAAGUCCCACCCCCAUCCCAUCUCCGCUGCGGCUAGGACUGAGAGCGGAUCCCCUGUAAAUAACCCUCUGAGUAAAAAGCCCCAUUCAUGUUCAGAGAACCUGUUGCAGAGACUGGGGGCGUGGCGCACACGCGGUGCUCCCCCCUCCACACCACCAAACAGGACAGGCUUCCUAGUGUAGUUCUGUGGGCUCUCCUAUCCCCCAUCUAGUUCAGGGACAGCUCGAUUUCUCACCCCCCAACCUGCGGCAUCGGGGAGGGAGGGGUGCGGUGGGGGUAGGUGCCCCCCCUCGCUUCACCCAGGGAAAGAGCACUGAAUGAGAGUCACGAGGAGCCCGACUUGUCGGGAGGAAGAGAGACAGAAAGAGAGAGAGGGAGGCGGUUACGUUCACUUGAACCCUUGUUCUCUCCCCCUCCUCCCAACUAUCCUCCGACUCAAUGACUUUGUCGUCUUUCCUUUCCACCCCCGAGGGCUGCACGAACCAAACUCAGACUCUAUCUUCCCCCCCUCCCCCUCCUUUUCUCUGGACGUGUCUCCUGACCUACAACUUGCAAAAGGUGUGUAUAGAUUUAAAUAAAACCGGAUGUGAUGAUC